AGAGAGGAUGUGACGUUUGUUAUUGCUAGGGAAAAGUUUGACAGUAGUAGGUAAUGGCCGAAUGAGCGAGCACGUUGUUGUCUGGUUGCUGACCUAAUUUAUACUCGUUUGUUUGCUGAUAUUCCUAACCGUGGAAUUACUAAAAUAAAUAUGCCUUGUCAUAACCAACAGAUUAGUAACGUUAGUAGUGAUUCAGAUCAUGCAGUAAUGAAGCAGGUGAGGUUUGCUAACAAUGGUAGCGUUAGCGUUAACGUUAAUGCGAAUAACAUUUCAGUAGGCGCGCAUACAGACAACGAGGUAGAUACAAAACUUAACGGUAUUGAAGUUCACGAAGACCUGCAUAUACAGCUUGGACCGCAGUUGAAACUUCUGCCUUUGAAUGACCAAAUUCGGGAACUGCAGACCAUCAUAAGAGACAAAUCAACCAGCAGAGGAGACUUUGUGUUUUGCGCUGACCGGCUGAUUCGACUUGUGGUUGAAGAAGGACUCAAUCAACUCCCCUACACAGAGUGCUCAGUAACCACACCAACGGGACACAAGUAUGAGGGAGUGAAAUUUGAGAGAGGCAACUGUGGAGUUAGCAUAAUGAGGAGUGGAGAGGCCAUGGAGCAGGGCCUGAGAGACUGCUGCCGCUCCAUCCGCAUCGGCAAGAUCCUCAUCCAGAGUGACGAGGAGACGCAGAAGGCCAAAGUGUACUACGCCAAGUUCCCGCCUGACAUCUACAGACGCAAAGUCCUGCUCAUGUACCCUAUUCUGAGCACUGGAAACACAGUCAUCGAAGCCGUGAGGGUCUUGAUUGAGCACGGUGUCCAGCCUAGACACAUCAUCCUCCUCAGCCUCUUCUCCACUCCUCAUGGGGCCAAGUCUAUCAUUCAGGAGUUCCCAGACAUCACCAUACUCACUACAGAGGUGCACCCUGUUGCCCCCACCCAUUUUGGACAGAGAUACUUUGGCACAGACUAAAUCCCACCACCACCACCACCUCAAAAGCCCAUGCAAGGAACGUGUGUGUGUGUGUGUGUGUGUGUGUGUGUGUGUGUGUGUGUGUGUGUGUGUGUGUGUGUGUGUGUGUGUGUGUGUGUGUGUGUGUGUGUGUGUGUGUGUGUGUGUGUGUGUGUGUGUGUGUGUGUGUGUGUGUGUGUGUGUGUGUGUGUGUGUGUGUGUGUGUGUGUGUGUGUGUGUAUUGGUCUCUCUUGGAGGAGCAUGCAUCUCCAUACAUGCCGUACAUCUCAAAAACAUUUUAGGGGUACAGUUCUCAUAGGCAGGUUUUGGUCCUGUCCUAAACUCAAACCUAAUCCUAAACUAGUAUGCCUCGACAGAAGGGUACUUUGGUGCUGGGCUGGGUAGUCCACAAAACAUGAGUUUACCAGAUAAUGUGUUUUUACUCUCAGCAGUUAUCUACAAAAUUUGAAUCCUGUUUUGAAGAAUACUCAGCAGGACAAAGCUUAAAACACUUGUUUUUGAUCGACCAUAUACAAAAGUAAGAAUAGGGAGUUGUCUCUUCAAAACCUGAUUUGUUGGGAAAAUACGGUUUUGGAGUGGGUUGUGGAUCAAGUACAGUAGAUGUUGCUGUUUUAUUUAUUGGUUAUUACAUGAAGGGAUUGUCAGCUUUUCUUUUCUCGUCCACUUCAAACGUACUUUGUAGCCAUAUCUGUGUGUAAACAGUCACCAUAAUGCAAAUCACAUGGCUGGAUUCAUUUUUCUUUCUACACAAAAGGACACUUUUAAUUUGAGAUUCAAUCUCCAUUACUUUGGGCAGGCAAAUGAAAUGUCUUGUUUAUCCAGAAGGACCGCAUUAUCGGAUUCUGUGGCUUGUGUGGAUGGAGAUGUGGAUGUGUUUCAUAACUGGCAUAGCUACAUAGGUUUGUGUGCGUAGAAAGGAGUGUCAGUCCAGAAGACGCAAUGACAAGCGAAGAAAGCCACCAGUCACAUUUAAUGGGUUUUCUGCAGAUGGACCACCAACCGUGCCAAAAGAGCUAGUAGGUGACAGUCACAGUUUGAGCUGAUUUUAUUUCUUUUUCUUUUUUUUGUCAGAAAGAAAAAGCAGAAGGAAAUGACUGAAAAUCGUGUUAAUGUGUGCUCCUUAUAUUGUCUCCAUGUUUAAUUUUCUUUUGGGAAGUGGGGAUUGAGUAUUGCGAAUGGGAGUGUUUUUGAUACAGUAUAUUGCAGUUUGUUGUUUAAGUUCUCCAGUGAAGCUCUGACCUGGACUGGUCUUAGUCCAACUAAUGCCUGCUUUGCUGAAGCAACGUGAAACAGAUUUCACGUGUUUGUGUAUUUGAACGGCACAAUAGUGGAGACCAACAGAGAAUACAGAAGCAUAGAGACAGUGUUGUCUAUACAAUGGGGGUCAGAAUACAUAAAUGAUAUGUUUAAAUGUGAAAAUAAUGACAAUAAAAGUUAAGAUAUUACCUUG